AUGGCAACGUUGCUGCUGAUGCCGCUGAUGCCGCCGACGCUGCCGAUGCCGCCGACUCCGCCGACGCCGCCCGACGCCGACGACUCCGCCCGACUCCGCCCGACGCCGCCCGACUCCGCCGACUCCGCCGACGCCUCUGUUGCUGCUGCCGUGCUUGUGGAUAGAGCCACAACCGCCAUGCUCGUGGUUGCAACUGCCACCACCGUGCUCGUGGUUGCAGCCGCCGCCACCGCUGCCAUGUUGUCCGGGUCAUCCAUGUUGUCAUCAGAUGAUAUAAUUACUGUAGAUGAUGAAAUAAGGCAGAAGGGUUCAACCAAGGACAUGAUUUUUAAGCUUCCUUAUCUUAUUAGCCACAUAAGCUCCAUUAUGAUCCUUUUUGAGGGAGAUGUCAUACUGACAGGCACUCCCCAAGGUGUUGGCCCUGUUAAAGUAGGUCAAAAGAUCACUGCUGGCAUAACAGGUCUAAUCGACAUUCACUUCAAUGUUUAG